CUUCAUUUCUCACCAUUUCUACAACUAUCUUUUUUAUAUUAGCUUCUUGCAUUCUUAGCUUGUUGUGUUUUCAUUUCUACUAAUCCUUGAAAAAAAUGGGGUUUAGCCUUAAUUACAAAAAAAUUAUACUUCCUUUGAUAAUGAUGUUGUUAUUUGUACUUGGAUAUGGUCAAGAUUAUAUCUGCUCUAGAGCAACCUAUUUUGGUAGUCCGAAUUGUCAAGGGAACCCAACUGGAGCAUGUGGAUAUGGAGAAUAUGGGAGAACUGCCAAUGAUGGGUAUGUAGCUGGUGUCCACAGACCUUACAAAAACGGCACCGGAUGUGGUGCUUGCUAUCAGGUAAGGUGCAAGACAGGAGAAUGCACGGAAGAUGGGGUGGUGGUGGUGGCAACAGAUUUUGGGGUGGGCGAUUGGACCGAUUUCCUAUUUCCGGCCAAGGCCUAUGCUAAGAUGGCCCGGCCGGGGUUAGAAGCCGAGCUGCUCUCAUACGGCGUCGUUAAUAUCGAAUACCGUCGAGUCCCUUGCACCUUCGGUGGUUUAAACCUCAUAAUUAACAUUCAUGAAGGCACAAGAUACCCUCACUACUUGGCCAUUAUUAUCACAUAUAAUCCUAGUCUCUAUGACGUUGUUGGUGUUCAAGUUUGGCAGGAGGAAACCAAAGAAUGGAGGCCCAUGAGAAAGCCAUUUGGAGCAGUUUGGGACAUGGAAAAUCCACCAAGAGUAGAAGGAGGAGCUUAUAAAACUAGAUACUUUCUUGUUGCCAGCAACACUAAUCAUGCCACGUGGGUGGAAUCACCUACUCUUAUUCCUGCUAAUUGGGGAAAAGGAGCUAAUUUUGAGCUUGCCAUUGAACUCUUAUUGUAACUAUUUGCCAAUUUUAUUGGUCAUCACCACUUUAAUUUCUCUUUACUUACCUCAUAAAUUAGUGAUUAAAUAAGAUUAUGGACCAUGUACUUGAAUUCAAUUGUGUUGAUUAAUACUAGUAUUGUAAUGCUUUAAUAGUUGUGUUUAAAUCCAUGUAUGUUAGUUUUUUACUAAAUUGAAUAGAUACGUUUACAAA